CCAUUCGAGCAGCGUGAAAAUGAAAAAGUCGAGAUCUUUUUAAGCCAAAUACCACAAACCCUAGUCGUGCGAAUCCUGCGCUCUCCAAAAAGAAAGGUGCUACUUUCUUCGUCGCUUUCCUGGAACAAGUUCCUUCUUCUUGAUUUUUCUCCCAAGUCCCUGAACUCGUCGCUGCUUCAUUCUUUCCGUCUACUUCGGACUGUGCCGUGAUUAGCUAUGGCGGAUGACAUGGUUGCCAAUGGCGUCGAUCAGUCUGGGGAUGGUUUCUUUGAUGCCGAUCAAAGCGGGAGGGAUGCUCGUGCUGCGGAAUUGAAGAAGAAAAUCGAGGCAUUGGAGCGUGAGAAAGAUGAUUUGGUGAAUGAAUAUGCUGGGAGGAAGGAGCUAACCCAGAAAUUGACUCUGGAGAUUGAGGACCUGAGAAACGGUAAAGCUGAGUUGUUGAAGAAGGUGGAAGAAAUGGAGAAAGAGGUCGAAGAGUUCCAGGAGUCUAGGAGGGUGGCAGAAUCUAUUGCGAAAAGAGCAUUUGACCUGGAGACUGAGGUGACUAGGCUUCAGCAUGAUUCUAUUGCUGAGAUGAGCGCUGCUGAAGAAGCUAGAGCAGAGGCAGAUGAAUUGAGGAGGGCUUUGGCAGACAAAGAAUCAAGGGUUGGAAAUCUCGAAAGAGAAGUUGAGGGUUUGAAGAAAACAAAGGCGGAAAGUGAGGUGAAAGUGAGGGACUUGGAGAAGAAACUCGGGGUUCUGGAAAAGAAGGAAGUUGAGGAAAGGAACAAAAGAAUUAGGAUUGAAGAGGAGUUGAGAGAAAAAAUCAGUGAAAAAGAGAGGGAAGUUCAAGAUUUGAAAGCAAAGACUGCUGAGUUGGAGAAGGUAGUAGUUGGCAAUGGAUCUGAAAUGGAGAAUUGGGUUGAAGAGAAAAAGAAUUUGGAGGAAGCAUUGAGGGAAUCCGAGGACAAAGCAAAAAGAAUGGAAUUAAAUAUUCUCCAGUUACAGCAAGAGGCGAGUGAAGCCGAGGAUGUAAUCGGUACACUGAGGGAGAAGGCAUUUGGGGCGGUCAAUGGGCGUGUAAAUGGCCUAGAAGUUGAAGAGAAGGGGUUGAAGGGAUUGAAACUGCAGUGGCCAUUAGUGGCAGCGGGUUCUACGGGAGCUAUUGCUGCCGCAGCUGUUGUCGUCUAUGUCUUUUAUGGGAAACGUAGGUGAUUUUUUGCGGUCACAUAGCGGUUAAUGUCUAAAGAGGCAUAUGAAUGGGAAGAUGAAGAAUGGAGGUUAGGAUUCACCUAUUUCAUUGUCGCGAAUAUACUUCAGUUUUGAUAGGGUAAUGCUUUUCUGGCUUUGUUUUUUUAGCCUAUGAGCUUUCUGAUUUAUAUUAAAGUUGGCAACCUCGCAUACUUUUUGUUGGGUUCUUAGUUGCUGCACCUGAUUCUAUCUUAAGCGGUUUGAACUAAUAAAGAUGAUGUUAUAAGUGUGUGUUUAAUAAAUUACAUUAGUUUCCAAGUUGGGAUGA